UCUUGGUUUUUAGUUGCAUAAGCCUUUUUUAUGAAGAAAAGAUCUCGAAAAGAUGUGAUUAUAACUUGGUAGUUUAGCCUAUUUUUAUACCAAAAACCCCAAGAUAAAGUGCAUAGUACUACGAGAGCCGGUCAUGGCGUUCAGAUUCUGCUCCAAGCCUCUACAACCUUGGUUAAAUAGUUCCUUUAUACGAACUCUCCUGAACACCCAGGKUGGUCGUUUUUCUUGUAGUACAAGAGUUUUGCUGACUCAUAAACCACUCACUCAACUAUGUUUUGACCGUCUCGCGAGGUUUAGCUCUCAAGCACCAAAAGGGUUUGAGAAGUAUUUUCCUGGAGCUUCAAAACAAUCGUCCAAAAAUAACACAUCAGGAAAUAAUAAUUCAAGUUCUAACAAGAAAUCAGGUGGAAGUAGUAGUUCAGGAGAUGGGAAAGGUCCAGGUGGCAAUAAUCAGUGGUGGCAGAACUUCUUUGAGAAUUACCAACAACAGAUUUGGCUAGCUACUGGUUUGGCUCUUGGUGCCGGAUACCUUCUGAUGUACAGUGGUACUCCUGUUAGAGAAAUUAAYUGGCAGGAAUUCCGUACCAAUUACCUGGAAAAAGGAGAUGUCGACAAACUUGUUGUUUCUUGUCUAUUGACCUACAGGAAGGAGCUCAUCAAGCUGACGCCAACCUUACUAAUCAUAGGAGCAUUAAUAUACUUUAGUAGACGGYUAUCUGCUGGCUCUAAGGGACAGGGGGGUAUAUUUGGUGUUGGUAGCUCUACUGCUAAAUUAUUCAACAAAGAAACAAGUGUAAAUAUACGUUUCAAAAAGAACCCUCAACAAUAUCAUGAACUUGGUGCUAAGAUUCCUAAGGGUGCAAUAUUAUCUGGGCCACCAGGAACUGGUAAAACACUUCUUGCCAAAGCMACAGCAGGAGAAGCAGAAGUACCAUUCCUAACAGUGUCUGGAUCAGAAUUCCUGGAAAUGUUUGUUGGUGUUGGUCCAGCUAGAGUGCGAGACUUGUUUGGACARGCCAGGAAGAAUGCACCUUGUAUCAUCUUUAUUGAUGAAAUAGAUGCUGUUGGACGAGCACGAGGAAGAACAGGACAGUUUGGUGGACAUGACGAGAGAGAGAACACUCUGAAUCAACUUCUGGUAGAAAUGGAUGGUUUUAGUUCUACUACUAAUGUAGUAGUGCUAGCUGGUACAAACAGACCAGAUGURUUGGAUCCUGCUUUACUGAGACCUGGAAGGUUUGACAGACAGAUACACUUGUCUGCACCAGACAUCAAGGGAAGAUGCUCCAUCUUYAAAGUCCACUUGAAACCAAUCAAGAAGAAUGUUGAUGAAGAAAAACUUGCGCGAAGAAUGGCUGCACUGACCCCAGGAUUUACAGGUGCUGAUAUUGCUAAUGUGUGUAAUGAGGCAGCRCUUAUUGCAGCAAGAUACUUGUCCCCUGUGGUAGAAGAAUCACAUUUUGAGAAGGCUAUUGAGAGAGUCAUUGGAGGUUUAGAAAAGAAGACUCAAGUUCUUCAGCCAGAAGAAAAGAAAACAGUAGCRUACCAUGAGGCAGGACAUGCUGUAGCUGGCUGGUUCUUGGAACAUGCUGAUCCUCUACUCAAGGUUUCCAUCAUUCCUAGAGGGAAAGGAUUGGGUUAUGCACAAUAUUUGCCUAAAGAACAAUAUUUAUUAUCCACAGAACAGCUGUUAGACAAAAUGUGUAUGACACUGGGUGGUCGCGUGUCAGAACAGAUAUUUUUUGGUCGCAUAACUACAGGAGCUCAGGAUGAUUUGAGUAAAGUCACCAAGAGCGCAUAUGCACAGGUUGUCACUUUUGGAAUGAACGAAAAGCUAGGCAACGUAUCGUUCGAUCUGCCAAGAGAAGGCGAACCAAGCUUUGACAAGCCAUACAGCGAAGCCACAGCACAGCUGAUAGAUGAACAGGCCAGAGAACUCAUAAACAGGGCUUAUGACAGAACGACAAAAUUACUGACUGAUCAUAAACAUAAUGUAGAACAGGUUGCUAAACGUCUGUUGGAGAAAGAGGUCUUAAACCGCGAAGACAUGAUUGAACUAUUAGGACCCAGGCCAUUCAAAGAGAAAUCAACUUAUGAAGAAUUCGUUGCCGGAACCGGAAGUGAGAAUGAGGACACACGUCUACCAAAGGGUCUUCAAGGAUUAAAAGACACCAGCGACAAUGAAGCGGAUGCUCCUACUCAACCCGGAAGUGGAACUAUCCCAACAUAGUCCUCUAGUCCGUAGUUAACGGUGCCCUAGUCCACAGUAAAUCGAUUCAGAUAGAUUGGGCAGAUGCGUGCAUUUGUAUCUUUGUGCAUUGAUAAUCAAAUACAUACUUACCCAACUCGAGGGAUCUUACAUCGAUACUGAUAAAAACGGCGAAGCAAAAAAAAAAUCAAGAUGAGUAUUGCUAUGUAAAUAAACUCGAUUUAUAAGACAGCCUAAAGUCGUGUUGUCUAUUAAAUAUUUUAAUAAAGGAAGUUGAUCAGUUC